CGCCCCAGCCCGGGAAGAGGGAGGCUCGGCCGCCGCCCGAUGAGGAGGGCGGGGGGCAGCAGCGCGGCCAGGGGCUGAGCGAGCCCCCCAAGGCGGGGGAGGCCGGACUGGAGCCGGGGGGGGCUCUGGCCCAGCGUCACCGAGAUGCGCAAACUCUUCGGGGAGAGCUUUCGGCGGCAGCCCCCCGGCCGGGCCCCGGAGGAGGAAGGUGGGGCCCGCUCCCUGCACGGAGCCGGCAGCUCGGCCGCCGCGGGGACUCCCCCGGCGGGGCUCGGGGCGCCCCGGCCGGGCACGGACAGCCCCCCGCUCCCCAGCAGCGCCCCCGCUCCGGCCAGGAGGGAGGAGGAGCGGCUCCGCGCCGGCCCCAAGCAGCCCCCUCCUCCCCCGCCGCCCCGCAGCUGCAUUCCCUACCCCGGCCUGCUGCGAGCGCACCCGCUGCCCUGCGCUCCGUCCGGCGGGGAGGCCAGGCGGCAGCACCAGCACCAGCACCAGCCGCCUUGGGAUAGUUUACAUUCCUGGCAUAGUUCUUCCAAACCACAGGCUGCCCCCCCGCCCUCCACCACCUCCUCUGCUGGCUGCAACCUCCUCCAAGAAGAGAGCUCCAGCCCCCAGGAAUUGCUGCCCGCUCACAGCUUCCCCUUCCCUGGCAGCGCCAACAGCAAGCAUGGCCCCUGCGGGGGCAGGCCCAGGUCCCUGGAGAGGUCCUCGGGGAGUGAGGAGGAGGGGAACCAGUUAGUGACCCCCAGGAAACGCUCUGUCCGGAAGAAAAAGAAAGACCUGGGCCUUUGGGACCAUGAGUCCGACAGUGACGGGCUAGCGGGAAUGGAGGCCGUGCCAGGGCGGCCCCCCCGGACUCAUGAGGUCCUGGCACACCUGCCUCUUCCUACGAACGAUGGAGCCAAGCCGCCCUCGGUGGCAAAGAGGCUGGUAGCAGCAGAUUGCAACAGUGGGAACACCUUUGCCGCCCUGCUGGGUGAAGCCAAGGCAGUGGGCAGCGCCGAAGGGCACCGGCAGUACAUGAGGGGCAUGUCAGAAGGCGUGUCCACUGCUCACUUCCCGCUGGCCACAGCGCCACCUGUACCCCUGGUCUCCCGCGUCUCCAAAGUGAACAUCCCGCCUUUCGGGCCAAGCCCUUGCGGGUCGAGAAGCAGCAGCAGGUACUCGAGCACUGAGACGCUGAAGGAAGAGGACCACUUUGGGCCCUGCUGGCCCAGCCAAAGCCGGAGCUUCCAGGGGGGCCUCGGCAUGUACAGAUCUCCCAGCUUCAGCCAAAGCGACAGCCUCACCAGGCUUCAGCAGCAGGUCCGGGUGCGUCCUAAGCUGCCCAUGGGCAUCGGCAAAGUGAAACAGGACCUUUCCGGUGAGAUUCUGCUCCACAGUGGACCUGAGGCCGAGCGAGCCAAGCACAGGAAGUCCAUGUCCAAUCCUGACAUAGCCACGGAGACUCUGACUCUCCUCAGCUUCCUGAAAUCGGAUCUCUCCGAGCUGAAGGUGAGGAAGAAAGGUGGCGGGGUCAGUGAUCAAGAGGAAGGGGCCUUCAGCAGUGGCAGGAGUGAGAACUACCAGAGCCCAGCUGGGCACCAGCUGGGAGGCAGAGGCCGAAGUGUGGCACAAACCCCAAACCGGUGGGCACUAGGCGUCCGCCCAACUCUCAAAGACCUCACCGCAACCUUACGCCGGGCCAAGUCAUUCACCUAUUCUGACAAACCGGCGCCACGCAGACUCUUCCUCCAGAGCUCCAUGAAGCAAAGCUCCUCGGAGCUUCUCCUGGCCAGCAGCAGCGACCAUGACAGCGUGGUUUCGGACGGUGAUGCUGGCCAGAGAGAGGACGUUGACGGGCUCCCGGUCGUUAUCCAGGAUCAGUAUAUUCAGGAAGCACGGCAAGUCUUUGAGAAGAUAAGUCGGAUCGGCUCCCAGCACGACUACGGCUUUGUGUCAGAUCAGAAGGACCGCGCAGGUGUGAAAAGUGGCAGGGAGUUUACAGAGAACCAGAAGGAAGCCGAUGCGGCCCUUCUGAGUAGCAAAGAGCACAAGCAGUGUCUGAAGAAAGAAGAGUCUGAAGAAAACCUCUCCUGUGGGAAGUCCAUGGAGGAGCUCUCGGGUCAUGAGUCUAGCAUGACCGAUGAAGGCAUCGUGACGGAGCCUGAGAUGGGUCCCACCAACGCUGCUUAUGGGGAUCUCCGUCAGGCUGUCGCAGCGUGGACACCAGCCAACGCCGGCCUAGGGGAGGGUGACACUGAUCGAAUGAACAGUAAAGAUAUUCCUCUCCCUGGGCUCGCAGCUAGAACGAACCAUGAGGGUGCUGCUGUUGAUGACGCCCUUCCUGGUAAAGCCAUGGCCCAAGGGUCCCUAGAGGCACCUUCCACCCCAAGCACUCUGCGGCGCCGAAGGAAGUUUCCCUCUGUUGGCAACAACUGGUCUGAUUCCAGCAACGGGGAAUCCAGUGGCGAAGCCUACAGAUCCCUAAGCGACCCCAUGCCCCACAGGAGGUGCUCGAUCACAGAAGAGACCGAGAACUUCUCAGUGGACAGUAAUCUCCUAGGGUCCCUGAAUUCCAAGGCCGGUGUCCCAGAGUCUUUGGCCAUGGCUCUGUCCGAGUGCACCGGCAGCGCUGCCAGCGACCUGUCCGUCUGUAGCGAUGGAGUCAAGGAUUACAACACGGUGAUCCAGAACAUUGUUAGCCAGCCCGGCGCCAUGGACAAGGUGAUCGACGAGCGGGGAAAUGGUAAGACAGUCAAGAAGAAAUCGUUCAGCGACCCCAGCCGUCGCAGUGAGUUGGCCAGCGCAGGCUUUGAGGGCCCCAGCGAGCCAAUCAGUGAGAUGGACCAGACCAUCCCGCCUUCCAGCAGUGAACCCAUCCUCUCUGAGCAAAGGGACGAGGUAGGGGAGCUGGAGGAGCUAGGCCAGGAGGUUGAGAAGCUGCGCUCUCAGUCUGAGCACAUCCUACCUGCAAAGGCAGGAGGCAACAAUGCAGGAGAGGCCGCUCAAAGCUAUAGCUUUGACCCCAAGCUGGCAGAAGUCCUGUCCCCCAGGAUCAUCAGGCGCAGUUCCAAGAAGCGCACCAACCGGGUGACUCACCAGGAGAAUCAUGAGACUGCAUCCUCUGCCACAACUCCUGCUACUACCCUGAGUAGGUCCAGGCCUGCAUCCAAGCAUGUCCGGCACACUAGCGAGCCUGCCGCUUUCCUCCCCAUCUCAGCACCUGAGCCUCAUGGGUCGCUCAGUCAAAACGUCCAUGUAACUGUGCCAGAAUCUUCACCUCUCCCCAUCAAAUCCUACCCUGUACUCCAAGCUCCAUCCUUGGAGGAUGUCACCAAGCAAUACAUGUUGACUCUUAACUCAGGGGACUUGUCUUCUGGUGGCACUGUGGAUAUGCCCAGGUCUUCGCCUGCUACACCAACUACUUCAGAGCCCAAGCUGCUGAGAUGUCCAAAGCAACAGGAGGAACACAGCCCGAGCAGCACCAAGAGCAAGCCUCAAGUGGACAUGCGGAAACAUGUCACCAUGACGCUCCUGGAUACAGAGCAGUCCUACGUGGAGUCCCUCCGCACCCUGAUGCAGGGUUACAUGAAGCCCCUGAAGCAACCAGAAAACUCGAUCCUCUGCGACCCGGCCUUGGUGGACGAGAUAUUCGACCAGAUCCCCGAGUUGCUGGAGCACCACGAGCAAUUCCUGGAGCAGGUCCACAACUGUGUGCAGAACUGGCAUGAGAAGCAGAAAGUGGGAGACGUCCUGGUACAAUCUUUUUCCAAGGACAUCCUGGUGAGCAUUUAUUCCGCAUACAUCGAUAACUUCCUCAACGCCAAGGAUGCCGUGAGAGUAGCCAAGGAAGCCAGGCCGGCCUUUAUGAAGUUCCUGGAGCAAAGCAUGCGGGAGAACAAAGAGAAGCAGGCGCUGUCGGACCUGAUGAUCAAGCCUGUGCAGAGGAUCCCGCGCUACGAGCUGCUUGUCAAGGACCUUCUGAAGCACACGCCCAUGGACCACCCCGACCACCCCUUCCUAUUGGAUGCCCAGAGGAACAUCAAGCAAGUGGCCGAGAAGAUAAACAAAGGGAUGAAGAGCGCCGAGGAGGUGGAGAGGAACGCCAGGAUAGUGCAGGAGAUCGAGUCCCACAUCGAAGGGAUGGAGGAUCUCCAAGCCCCGCUCCGGAGGUUCCUGCGCCAGGAGAUGGUGGUGGAAAUGAAGGCAGUGGGUGGGAAGAAGGACCGCUCGCUCUUCCUCUUCACGGACCUGCUGGUUUGCACCACCCUGAAGCGCAAGUCGGGGUCUCUGCGCCGCAGCUCCAUGAGCCUUUACACGGCCGCCAGUGUUAUAGACAUAGCCAGCAAGUACAAACUGCUCUGGAAACUGCCCCUGGAGGAUGUCGACAUUGUGAAAGGGGCUUCCCAGUCCACCAACCGUGAGAGCGUCCAGAAGACGAUCUGCCGCCUGGACGAGGACCUGAGCACGCUGGGCCAAGUCAGCAAGCUCUCCGAGACCCUCAGCUUCCCCCACCAGAGCCUGGAUGACGUCAUCAAAGACCUGAUGGCCGCCAUACACCGGGAGCUGGCGGAGAAGCAGUCCCUCUCUUUCACCAUGUCCUUCCCGCCCAACAAAGUGGAGCUCACCACCACCAAAGCCGAUGGCACCGAGUCCUUCAUCUUCGAGUUCCCCAACCCUGACGCGCGGCACAGCUUUGAGCAGGCCUUUGAGGACACCAAGAAGAAACUGGCUUCUCACAAAAACUGCCUGGACCCGGAAUUCCUGAAGGCGAUCCCGAUUAUGAAGACACGCAGUGGGAUGCAAUUCUCUUGUGCUUCUCCCAGUCACAGCAGCCCCGAGAACACCUACGAGGUGUGGGUGUGUAACAGCGACGGCUACGUGGGGCAGGUCUGCCUUCUCAGCAUCAAGAAGGAGCCCACGGUGGAGGCCUGCAUAGCUGUGUGCUCGGCCCGGAUCCUCUGCGUCGCUGCCGUGCCGGGCCUCAAGAGGAGCUUCAGGGAGCGUCCCCAGUCCCUGGUGAGUCCAACCUCCGAGCCGACUCCUUCGGCACUGGAUGACUCCGGGCCGCAGCAGUGCCUACACAUCUCCAUCUCCGGCUCCUCGAUAGAGCUCUCCGAGCCCAUGGACAGCGCCAACAGGGAGCUGAUGCCUUUUGACAGCGAUGAUACAGAUGACGAGUCCUCUCCAAGCCCGUCAGGCACACUCCAGAGCCAGGCCAGCCACUCCACCAUCUCCUCCAGCUUUGGAAAUGAAGAGAUCCCCAGCUCCAAAGAUGUGGCAGCUGAAACCACCAGCUCGGAGGAGGAGCAGGACCCAGGCUUCCUUCCCAUCUCCAGCACCUUCAGCCAGAACAGGAAUAGCGAGAGCCCCAUGGAUGGGCGGGCGAUGAGGAGGUCAAGCCGAGGGUCCUUCACGAGGGGCAGCUUGGAGGACCUGCUGAGCAUAGAUCCUGAGGCGUAUCAGAGCUCAAUGUGGCUGGGCACAGAGGAUGGCUGCAUCCACGUGUACCAGUCCUCAGACAACAUCCGCAACCGGAAGAACAGCAUGAAGAUGCAGCACUCGGCCUCCGUCAUGUGCAUCUUGUACCUGGAUAACCAGGUCUUUGUGUCCCUGGCGAACGGAGAACUCAUCGUCUACCAGAGAGAGGCAGGACAUUUCUGGGACCCUCAGAACUCCAAGUCCCUGUCCCUUGGCUCCCCGGGCAGCCCUGUCACUAAGAUGGUGUCGGUGGCUGGCAAGCUGUGGUGUGGGUGUCAGAACCGAGUCGUCAUCCUCAACACGGCCACACUGCUGCAGGAGCACACGUUCCAUAUCGGGCAGGACAGCAACCGCAGCGUGACCUGCAUGGUGAGCUGCAGCUCAGGUAUCUGGAUCGCGCUCCAGAGCAGCGCCCAGGUGAGGCUGUACCACGCCACAAGCUACGAGCAGCUGGCGGAAGUCGAUAUCACGCCCCUGGUCCACAAAAUGUUAGCAGGUUCAGAUGCCAUUAUCCGCCAGCACAAGGCUGCCUGUUUGCGGAUCACAGCACUCCUGGUUUGCAAGGACUUGCUCUGGAUUGGUACCAGCGCCGGGGUGGUGCUGACGCUCUCCAUAACGGCCAACGCCACCUCCUUGAAGACGCCCCUGACGCCGGUGGGUUUGUCCCAGGGGCACACUGGCCACGUGCGCUUCCUCACCUCCAUCGAACUGCCCGACAGCUUUGAUAUCAUCUUUCCGCUGCCGAGGGAUCCAGGUACCGAGAAGCUGAGCGACGCAGAAAAGAGAGAUUUGGCAAGACACCGGUCCUCCAACAUGGUCCUCUCCAAGUCUAAGAUGCUGGUGAUCAGCGGGGGGGAUGGCUAUGAGGAUUUCAGACUCACCAACAGCAGUGAGACAGUGGGGCGAGAUGACAGCACAAACCAUCUCCUCCUGUGGAGGGUCUGAUCCGCGGCAGCACGGGGCCCCACUGUGGGGAGAGCACCAGCCCCACCCCUGCCUCCUCUUGUUACCAACCGCCCCCGAGCCCGUCUCGUCUCCCAUCCCGGAUGAUUUGUGUGUGCCUGGGGACAAGCUCCUCCCAAACACAGCGUCUGCAGCGUGGUGAGAGGAACACACUCGACAAACAUAUCCUCUGGCACAGCCUGCGCUUACUCCAGCUGCGGGUGCGGGUGUGGGGACAGGGGCACCUGGCUGGACAGAUUGAUGUGGCAUUGCUUGGAAGCAUCCAGGCAAAAGAGGAGGGCUUAGUAGAGGAGAGAAUCCAUUGUUUGUGCGGUCGGCAAGGGACCUUUCUUUUGUGUCUUGUGCUUCGACCUGCCUGGGGUUCCGAAUCCAGGCACUUGGGAGCGGAAGGUCCAUGUCUAAGCAAGCGCACCCGUGGACGGCAGCCUGCCCGCUCUCUUGCUCUGUCUCUUGUCCACCCAGCCAGAAUCAGCAAACCGUCACAUUCACUUCACCGCCACCUUCACUGGGAUCCCCACACACAGCGGCAGCACACAGGGGAUCCUGUCAGCGGCAGCCGCUCCAGCAUCCCCGUUCGCCGCAGCUGCUCCAGCAUCUCCAGGUCUCUAGCUAACCUGCUUACUCAUCGCUGUCACCCAAAGAACGCUUGUGGUGGUGUUGUUUGUUUUGCAUAUAUAUACAAUCUCCUUAUUUAUUUUCUGUGGGGGGGGACAUUUGACAAGGAGCUUGCAUGGAAGCGGAGGCAGCGUCGUGCCCAGGGAAUUGCAUGCAGGGUGCCGACACCCCAGCCUGCCGUCAGUCCCAGCCAGUGAUGAGCUGUAUAUAGCAAGUGUCAUACAAUGGCAGCAGUAUCGCAUUCACCCACGAGCGCUGAUCCCAGAGGGCUACCUGAGUGUCUGGAGGGGAGAGGUGGGAGCGUCUUGGCUGAGAGUCAACAGCUCUGAUUGCAGAGGUGGCAGAGAGCUGAUCUCCGUUCAGCCGGCCAAGAGGGGAGCCGCUGCAUGAAAUAAAAAAUGUGCAAUACUUAGCUGGAUCCCUGAAAGUGGGCAGCGCCACAAGGGGGCACUGUGAGAACCAGGGCAGCUUCACCCUCCGUUGGCUUUAAGAGCAAAGCAAGUUGGUUAUUGUGGCCUGUAGCCGGGGCAGAACCAGGAGGGGCAUUGUCGGACUGCAACGGUCUCUUGCAUUGUACAGUAUUUAUGGUUGUUUUUUAACUAGUUACCUUUUUGUCCCCAGCACUUAAUUUAUGUACUUAGCUUCCAGAUCCCGAAUCCUGAGUGGGGGUAGGGAGCAAAGAGAAUCAUGGGGGUUUACUCACCUAGCGAGAGCGUAUGAAUCCACUGUCAGCCAGCUUGCACCAAAAAUGUCCCCAAAGGAAAGUGUUUUACAGGCAGGCUCGCCCCCUGGGCUGCCUGUGAGGGUUCAUGUGGCCAAAAUGGGGCCUCAAGGUGAGUAAUGAGGGUUGGGUGCCCAACCGGAGACACCUUAAGGACCGCUUUUUCAGAGGGCAGCACUGGGAAUUUCAAAAGCACCUGACAUGACAAGAAUUCAUGUGCCGUGGACUCUCAAUGGGGUUUGUGCUGCUAAGUCGCCAGUGUUGCCAGCUCUUACAAAUCUCAUGAUAUUUAGUGCUUAUGUUAAAGCUCCAGCCUCUGGAGUCAUGUUAUUUCAUGAGAAUCUCAGCUUUCUUUUUUUUUUUAAUUAAAUUUCUAGCCCUCAUGGUUGCAAAGAAAAAGUUGGGAAUCAGGGCCUGAAGUGCACCCCGAAGGCUCAAUAAACAGAAGGCAAAUCAAAAUGAACCCCAGAUGAAGGAUUUUUUAAACACUCUCAUGAUUUUGAACACAGUCUGGGGGUUUUGAACACUCUGGACUGGCGAUACUCCAGAACCCUGGCUCUUUUGAAAAUCUGCUCCUGGCUGCUCACGCUUUCUGAAAACCACCUUUAACGUGUCUCACAUUGGGCUCC